AUCGCGGUGUCUGUAUCUGUACAUGUCUGUAUAUAUCUCUCUGAUUUCUAUGUUCAUGCAACUUCUCUACUAUUUUGGCCUUCUGGGAAUGGGAUCUGGUUGGUGUCCACAAACUUUCUGAUCAGUAGGUUUCGUUGAUGAUCAGCCCCAUUUAGUGGUGGGGUAGAGUUGAUUUUGUAUUUUUUUUUUCUUUUAAAAAAUUCAUCUUUCUUCCGUUGGAUGAGGUUUUAGUUGGGUAGAGUGUUCAUUACAUGACUUUGACUGAUCGGAUGUGUUACAGGACAGAGUGAUACUUACCGAAGAUAAAAUAUUGAAGCUUUAGAGUUUUCUGAUACAGGGCGCAUGCCAGUUUCUGAGAAGGAAGAGCUCGCAAUACAAUCUAGUAGCUCAUUGACAAGUAUCCCUAUAAAGAAGAGAAGGUUCUCGUUUGUUUUCCCUUCAUCUCCUCCACCUGAGGAGCCAAUUUCUUUUCAUGAUGAAAGCAAUUUAAAGAAUGGAAAAUCUGGUUCUACCCAGAGAUCAUCUUUCAACCCUAUUGAUACUGCUGGGUGUACCAGUAAAUCUGAUGCUAGCAAGAAUCCUGUUUUGGAGGUGAAACAAGAAAGGGCCGGUGGUGCAAAUGUUAGCUUUGGUCAACCGGUCAUGGAUUCGUCUGGAUCCAAACUAGCUGAAGCAGAUAAGACCUCUGUUCAAUUCACUGAGGAGCCUCCUGGAUCCAAACCUGCUGAAGCUGAUAAUACCUCUAUUCAAUUUACUAAGGAACCUUUUGGAUCCAAAGUUACUAAAGUUGAUGUCUCUGCCCAAUCUCCUGAGGGACCCUCUGGAUCCAAGGCUACUAAAACAAAUGCUUCAUCCCUUCAUUAUAUGGAGGGACCUUCUAGAUCCAAACCUACUGAAAUGGAUGUUACGGUUGCCCAACCUAAUGUGGAACCUUCUGGAUGCAAACCUGCUGAUACAAAUGUUUCGUCUGUCAAUAAUAGGGAGGAACCUUCUGGAUCCAAGCCUGCUGAAAAGAAUGUUUCAUUUGUCCAAUCUACUAAGGAUCCUUUUAGAUCCAAGUUUGAAGAAACAAAUGUUGCGUCUAGCCAACCUAGUAAGGAACCUUGUGGGAUGCAACUGUCUGAGGCAAACAUUAAUUCUGCCCAACCUUUGGAAUCCAAAGUUCAAGUCACUAGCACGAAGAUUUGCUCAGGUUCUACCAAUAGUGUUGAUAAUUGUGUUAAGGGAGAGUUGACUGAAAGUAGCCUUCAAGUUGUUGAAACCAUUUCAGUUAAUGUCAAGAUGGAAAACAUUGGCAAACAAGCAGAAUGCAGCAUUAAAUUUCAAUCUUCUACACAUUCAGGAAACACUGAAUUAUCUUUAGGAUCACAAAGACAAAACCUUCCUUUGGGAGUGCAAAACAGAGGAGGUUCUGAGAUGCCUAAUAAUUUGGAUCCAUCAUUUUUAUCUUUUUCUUUAAACAAAGAAAAAGCCAUCGAUUCUCAAAUUGGAAGAUCAAACAGUAGGUCCAAUGAUGAUAGUCCUGAUACCGAUACUAACAGAUCAAACUGGGAUUUGAAUACUACUAUGGAUGCAUGGGAGGGUUAUGAUAAUGGCUUUCAAGAUACAGAUAAUGUUGAUGCUCUAAGCAAAAUCAGUACUAGACAUGACCUAAAACCUAGUUUAAGCUCCUUUAGUAUGCUUGGUGCUUGCAAUGAUAAAGGGAAGUAAAUUUUUGGAGUUUCUGAGCAGAUAUCUAGUAUACAAUCUAGCCAGCCUGAUGAUUCGCUUUGCCUUAGUCUUGGUAGCACUUUCUGUGGUUUGGACUUCAGUAAGAGGCAUUUGGUUCAAUGACCAAGGCAGACUCAAUUCCACGUACUAGUGUUCUAAGAACCAUUACAAACAUGGAUUCUAUUGGAUGUUGAACUGUAAAGGUAGAACUUAUUGAUGAAAGUUGAAAACAGGAUUAUGCUGGAUCUAGCAAUAAUGCUACCAAAGCACUAGAUGGUAAUUCUUUGAAAAUAGAGCAUAUUGAGAGGGGAAACAUGGAACUUAUUGAAUUCCCAAUCAAGUGUGCAGAAAAGAUAAUUGAGAAAAAAUCUAUAAAAUCUGAACCCUUACAGGAAACUAAACAAGAAAGUUGCAGGUUGUCCAGCAUGACAUUGCACCAAUCUGUUAGAAAUGUUUUACCAUCAAAAGAGAGUUUUUCUACUUUGCUAGUGCCAUUGACCCCUGAAAAGCUGUUGAGUACAAGAGUGGCUACCUUUUCAGAGUUGUCUGUCAGCGGGGAGUUAUCAAAUCAAUCUGAACAUUCUGUUCAUACUAUAUAAGUAU